AAAAAAGCAGUAUGAAUGGUGAAGGAGCGAACAGGCAGGGAGAAAGCAAGAGGAGGCGGUUAGUCUUUGUAGUCGGUGAGGAAUGCGGAAACGCUCCUGCUCUGUGUCAAACUGCUCUGAAGGGGGUCAAGGCACAUUCAGCCAGCGUGGGAAAGCGAGGAGCAGACCGAGCACACACACACACGCUGCAUAUUCCUGCAUAGAUGGGAAAAACAUAAAGGGGGAAGGACUGCCAUAGCAGAUCGAUGAAAAUCAGUCCCUUUUUUAUCCACUCCGCUUUCUUGAGGGACUGAUCAGACGAUCUUUCACUUGAGUUGCUUUUGCAGCGGUGAUACUGCCGGGAGAUGGGGCUUAGCGCGUGCACCAUCCGACUACCUGUGUGGCCCGUCGCGAGGACACUGCACGAGCUGUGAUGCGUGUGGAGACGCUGGGAAACUUACUGAAGUUCAUGAAUGACGCGACACUCCGGGCGGAAAAUAACAAACGGGGCAGUGCACGUGCCAGCGCCGCUCUCCCAAUAAUGCCUUUGUGAAAUAUACGCGCGCUCGUCAAGUUUCGGGAUUCCCCGCAGUACCUCGCCGUGAGAAAAAAUGGACAAAGAGAGCUCGACCCAACAAUAUGAGCCGGUGGCUGAGAUCGGCGAAGGUGCGUAUGGAAAGGUGUACAAAGCACGGGAUUUGAAGAACGGGGGCCGCUUUGUAGCCCUAAAAAGAGUUCGGGUGCAGACCGAGGAGGAGGGAAUGCCGCUGUCAACCAUCCGCGAGGUGGCGGUGCUGAGGCAGCUGGAGUCCUUUGAACAUCCCAAUGUGGUCAGGUUGUUUGACGUAUGCACAGUUUCCAGGACUGACCGGGAAACCAAACUAACUUUGGUCUUUGAGCACGUGGACCAAGAUUUAACCACAUAUUUGGAGAAAGCACCUGAUCCAGGAGUGCCACCUGAAACUAUAAAGGAUAUGAUGUACCAGCUGCUGCAGGGUCUGGAUUUCCUCCACUCUCACCGUGUGGUUCAUCGAGAUCUUAAGCCUCAAAACAUUCUAGUCACCAGUGGAGGACAGAUCAAACUGGCUGAUUUUGGUCUGGCGCGGAUCUACAGCUUUCAGAUGGCUCUUACUUCCGUGGUGGUGACGUUAUGGUAUCGUGCUCCUGAGGUGCUGCUUCAGUCCAGCUAUGCUACUCCUGUGGAUCUGUGGAGUGUCGGCUGCAUCUUUGCUGAGAUGUUCAGACGGCGACCUCUUUUCCGUGGGAACUCUGAUGUUGACCAGUUAGGCAAGAUUUUUGAUGUGGUGGGGGUCCCUUCUCCAGAGGACUGGCCACAGGAGGUGGGCUUGCCACAGAGUGCCUUUUCCCCUCGCCCUCCCCAGCCAAUAGAGGACCUGGUGCCUGACAUGGAUGAGCUGGGCAAAUCACUUUUACUUCGUUUCCUGUCAUUUAACCCCUCCAGAAGGAUAUCAGCUUAUGAUGCACUGUCUCACCCGUACUUCCAGAGUCUCGACAGCACCAGCAAGAGUCUGUACGCCCAGCCCUUCCCCAGCAAAAAGCCCUCCCUGGAGGAGAGAGCUGCUUGAAAAGACGUGGCUUCCCACUCUAGACAAAGACCCCCUAUGAACCAGUCUUUCAUAGCAUAACAUUACAUGCUGCUUUUAAAAACAUCACCGCAACUAUUGGUCGAUCGUGUUUUGUCUUUGCCCUCACUACUGCCAGCUAAUAUGGAUCAACAACAUGCUGCCUGGAAUUAUGUGUUUAACAAUAUCAGAAGCUGCUCUCGUCUCCCACCCACCUUCCUCAAAGGAAGUUUGUCUGCUCAGAGGAAAAUGUGCUUCUCGAAUCUGAAGCCGCAUCAUGACACUGCCAGGGAUCGUCCGUCUGUAUGCAUAAAUGCAAUGCAAAGGUCUAAAUUGAGUCUUAGCUGCACAUCACUGCCAUAAAACAGCAAGGUCUUACGUGGGACCGUGUCCGUCUCACUUGGAUUAAGCAAAUGUAGAACCACAACUACUGCAAAUUCAGGCCCGUUGAGCGGAACCUCUUAUAUUACACCUUAAGAUACAAUCGCUAAUUACUUUUUUUUAUUUUUUUUGGAGCUCACACUUCCAAAGUCCUCUGAGUCACAGGCCAGGAGGAUUUUUUUUGUAUUGUUUUCCCAUCACAUUGUUACUUCGCAGUUCAAGCAGGAGAGUGUGGACACAUCUCCUCGUGUGACUUUUUUAAUGACUGCAUAACCACAGACACUCUAGUGCUCUAUUUAAUAUGGCAUUUCGUCACAAGCAUCCUGGUGUCAUUUGAAUCGUCCAGGACAGAGCUACCAAACGCUUUGAAGCACUAUUUAACACCAUAGUUCCUUGACAUUAUAAUAUACUUGUAUUUUUUUUCUUCAAUAUGAAUUCCACAUCCUGUUCACUUAUUUUAUUAUGUCAGUGUUGAUUGUUGACAUUUUGUUUUUGGCAUGUUAUGUCUUAAUUUUAGUGAACUUGAAGGUGUAGGUUGUUGUAGAAAACUCGUUGAUACGUAUACCAAACAGUCUGCACCCUGUGGUCAGGGAUUUAGUGCCGCGACGUAGUUGAAGGAUGACCCACGCCGGGUUGCAUGUUGAAUUUAGGCUUGAUUUAGAGCAGAAACAAGCUGAGAUGGAUAACAGAAAUACAUGUAUGGAAGCGUUAGCGCAUAGUUAUGAAAGUCUAGUAAAAGUAGCUAUAGAGAUGGCGAGUGUUAAGUUCAAGGUCAGGUAGCGAGAUUCGUUCCAGGCUCGGAGAGUAAUGUAUAAUCCCAUGUAGAAUUCAUUGAUUAAGUCCAGGUUCUUUUCUUUAUACGCAAUGCUACAUCCUUCCAUUUCCAGUUUCACUUAAUUGUCUGGAUAGAUCAUCACAAAAAGUGCACCAAGUCCGCUAGAUGGGUUGCUUUCAGUGCCUUCAUGUUUAGCGUGUGACGAACAAGUGGCGGGAAGGAAGGACGCUGCUUCAGAAUUUAGCAUUUAGCCUGGUGAUUCCAGCUGAAGCUGUUUGAUGAGGAGCUAUAGGCAGGCACUGUAGUACUACAAAACAUUCACACAGUUAAAGGAAUAGUUCACUUUACUCACCCUCAUGUUGCUCCAAACCUUCUUGUGGAACACAAACGGAGAUAUUUUGAGGAAUGUUGGCAGCCAACCAGGUUUGGUUACCAUGACUUGCAUUGUACGGGCAAAAACAAACACUGAGACUUUUCUCAAUAUCUUUUUGUGUUCCGCAGAAGUCAAGUCAUGCAGGUUUGGAACGACAUGAAGGUGAGAAAAUGAUGAAAGAAUGUUCAUUUUUGGGUGAACUAUCCCUUUAAGCACUGAUGCGUGAUUCAUUCUCUCAGGAUCGGUAAACUCAUUCUGUCGCAUUCCAUGCUCAGGUCUAUUUAUGACUAGUUUUAGAUUCAACAAGGGUUCAGGUUUUAGUUUAAUCAUUAAUCUUACAGUAAUCCUUAUCGAUUAGGGUCUCAAUGCUUUCCGGAUACAAUAGUAUUGGGUUAUUUAUAUGGUUCACUUGCAUUUCCAUAAAUCUGAACAGGUAAUGAAACAUAAAGUUGGUCAUUUCAGCAUUUAUUAUUAUUUUUUAUUUAUAUAAUAUUAUUAUUAAUAAUAUUAAUAUUAUAUUUUAUGUAUUAGUUCACUGUCGUGCGGCAACUUUUGUACUGUUAACAUGUUUGAUUUCACAAAUAUUCUAUGAUCAGUGUCUCAGUGCAUCAAUCUAACAAAUGAUUGGUGUAUAACGCCACCAUUUUUAAAAUCUCCACUGAGCUGACGUUACGCUGGCACAGCUUUACCCUCCUCUAGAUACGUCUGUGAUUAGAUCUGGUGAUUUCAGAGGGCAUUAGAUAUCAAAUAAUGUAAACCGAUGUAACUGUAUGCCUUUAUGCUAAUGGGUCUUGUAUAGAACUAAUCCGUUUUUUGAGCUUGGUUAGUCUGGUGAAUAAUUCAUAGUGUUUUAACAUUAUAAAUGUAUUAAAUGUUAGGCUUUCCAAUGUACGACCCAUUCUUGUUAGAAUUUUUGGCGUGAUGUCAUGCUGAAAAAAAAUAGCACCUUUGAUAUUCGUCCAUCUCAGAGCUUUUCCCCAUGAUUUAUUUUAUUUGAUUUGAUUUUUUUUAAGUGAAUCUGUUGUUGAUUUCUUUUUUUGUUGUUUGAAAUAAUUUGCUUUAGUUAGUCAUUUUCAAAAUCUAUUUGAAAGUUUUAAGCAAAUUAAGUUUGAGACUGCUUGAAAUUGCUGGACAUUGGUACAUAAUGUUUUGCUCCCUACAUUUUGUUCUUAUUUAUUGACAUUUCGUCUAUUUUUUUAAUUGGCUGUAAUGCUUCAGAAGGCAUUCUGUCAAUGUAAUACUCAAAUUUGUGAUUAAACAGUGAUGAACUAAUGGUGCUAUGCCUCGUGUCACUGUAGACUUGAACAACUGUAAUCAAUUCGGCAAGCUUGUUCCCAAGAGGACAGUAACAAUAAAAGUGUCUUUUUAAAUAUUCUAUUAUUAUAUUUUGGUUUCUUUUUAUUGCAUUUUAUUUGUAUUAUAUUUGACCAUUUUUACAUGUUUUCCCAUUAUGACUUAAAUAAUUUAUAAUGUACUCCAGACAGAGAAUACUUUGAAUUUAAAAAUCAUAAAGCUGGAAAUUUCUAUCCAUUAAAACACAAUAAUGUAAUAUGCUAAAUCAUCCACCAUGAAUACAUAUUCUAAUCAAUGUGCACAAUGUUUUCAUUCUGUUUAGCUGCUGCACAGACACUGUGUAAUGAAAAUCUAUUAUUACCUUUAUAAUAUGACUCUUUAAUGUUAUUUUAUCAGCAGCUUAAUUAUUAUAUUUUAAUUCAUUGAUAAUCAAGUGUUAUAUCACUUUAGACUGCAUCAAAUGUAUUUGGUUCAUUCUACUUAUUCUUUAAAAAGAUAUGUAAACUGAGUGGAAUGAUUUCUGAUGUUCUAUGAUGUAGCUCUAUUUUAUAAUCAUAAUACGUAUAUCUUUUAAUUUUAUUUGUUGCUCGUUGUUUUAUGGAUUUAUGUAAUCAUUAAAAAAAGUAAUUAUUUUAGCCAUCUUUUAACUGUGCACAUUGAUUAGAAGUGGGAAGUGUUGGUCAGGGUUUUCUUUUUUCCCACAUUGGCUGGAGACAGUGGAGAGUGAUGUUUUUUGUAAACACCCAAUUGUGGUGUAUAUUUUUUUUUAUUGUUAUUUGGCAUUUUAUGUUGUCAGCUUUGUUGUAAGAUGUGGGGAUCGAAAAAUGUGUACAUGAAAAUAUUUGUAACUUUUUUUUUUUAAUCAACGCUUUGAUUGAUUGAGAGUUUUGUUCAACUGUAUGUAAUUCUACUGCUAAAUCAUUCUGCGUUCUUCUGCUUUAGCAUCUAUAUUUUUUAAGCAAUGAAAUCGCAUGUGGAUGUACUGUAGAUCACGUGCAUGUGACAUUAAUUUUGUUUUUAAAAAAAGUCUUGUCUGGUUCAUCUAGUCAUAAUCUGGCUCAUCUAGUCCAGUAAUGAUGGUUAAUCAUACAGUAAGUAGAAUGUAUCUUCUUUUUAUGAUGAAAUACUGAAAUUCAGUUUAAAAUUAAUCUCUUUUAAGCUAUGUUUUUUUCUGUUAAAACAGCACAUUCUUACAUUUAAAGCAGAUGCUUUGUUGAUAAAUUCAUUUCAUUCAGCUACUGUUGUCAGUAAAGUGCAGAGAAUUAUACAAUUUUUGCAAGAACCAAAUUGAAAUGAGAGUGUUGGUCAUUGUGCCCUUAUAUGACCAUAUUAGUUUUUUUUCUUUUCUUUAAAACAAGGGUGAAUGAGAUAUGGUAGUAUUUUUUUUCUUUUUGUUUUUUUCUGGACUGGUUUUGCUGCUAAUGUUUGUCUUAGGCUCUGGCUCCUGUAUGAGUUUUAUUAAACUGGCCCACCUAAAGAUUCCAAUUUGCUGCCAUUGAGAAAAAAGCUGCUUUCGCAUUUGUUUUAUAUCUGUAUCUGCCUGACGUUUUCAUAUUUUUGUAAAAUAAAUAUUCCAGUGUGUAAAA